AUGGCUGAUAACAAACUGUAUGAAAUAUUAGGUGUUUCAAGAAACGCUAGUGAGUCGGAAAUAAAACGAAAUUACCACAAACUUGCAAAAGAAUUCCAUCCUGACAAAAACCCAGCAGCUGGCGAUAGAUUUAAAGAAAUAAGCUACGCUUAUGAGGUUUUGUCUGAUCCUAAAAAAAGGCAAACUUACGAUAAAUAUGGAUUAAAAGGAUUGCAAGAAGGUGGACAAGGUGGAGGAUUUGCGUCUGAUGAUUUGUUUGGAAACUUCUUUGGUGAUAUAUUUGGUAUGGGUGUUGGUGGACGAGGUCGAGGACGUGCGCGUGGUGAAGAUACUAUACAUCCAUUGAAAGUGUCAUUAGAAGAUAUGUAUGUUGGCAAAACAGUAAAACUACAAUUAAGUAAAAAUGUUAUCUGUGGGCCUUGCAAAGGUGUAGGUGGAAAGCCAGGUUCUGUUGUAUCCUGCAGGGACUGCCAUGGACAGGGUGUUAAAGUUUCUUAUCAACAAAUUGGUCCUAACAUGACUCGUCAAUUUCAAACUCGUUGCCCAAAUUGUCAAGGUCAGGGUGAAACUAUUAAUGAAAAAGAUAAAUGUCCCAAAUGCAAAGGAAAGAAAGUAUUAAAUGAGAUAAAGAUACUAGAAGUUCAUAUUGAAAAAGGCAUGCGUGAAAAUCAGAAAAUAUUCUUCAGAGGUGAGGGUGAUCAACAACCUGACACCCAACCUGGUGAUGUCAUUAUAGUGGUGCAACAAAAACAUCAUGAAGUUUUCAAAAGAACAGGUGAUGACUUACUUAUGGAACAUGAAAUCACAUUGACUGAAGCUUUAUGUGGCUUUGAAUUUGUUGUCAAACAUUUAGAUGGACGAGAUCUUCUUGUGAGACAUUUACCUGGGGAAGUUGUAAAACCAGGAGAUUUGAAAGGAAUUCAAGGUGAAGGUAUGCCGCAACACAAAAAUCCUUUUGAGAAAGGUAACUUGUACAUCAAAUUUGAUGUUACUUUCCCUGAAAAUAAUUUUGCUAAUGAAGAUCAACUUAAACAAAUUGAAAGCAUACUGCCUCCUCGACCAGCGUUUGUUAUGCCAACUGGUGAGGAUGUAGAAGAAGUCAAUUUAAUGGAGUACACUGCUAGUGAAAGAAGUCGUGGACGUGAAGAGGCUUAUGCCAGUGAUGACGAAGAACACAUGCAUACUGGACCUGGAGUUCAAUGUGCCCAUCAA